CAGUGUGCAGUGUGCGGGAGCCAUUAUUUUAAAAUGCUGUAUUGGCACUGCGUGAUGCGGCGAGAUGUCCGAUAUCUUUCUGGUGGAGUGUCUACGUCUACGGCUACGGAUACGUCGUAGACAUUGUCUAUCGCCAAAAUCCCGGGCGGGAUCGUACUUUGUUAAAGUCGAUCAAGAUCCUGGGGAGUGGGGCGUCUCAUCGUCGCCAGUCGUCGUUUGUGUCAAGCUGAUCAAGCACAGGAGCAUCCAAAAUUCCGAAUAGUAACGGUUAUAAUUUUUCGGGCAUACGGUACAACUGUAGAAAAGUAUCACCGCGCAGUAGAAACGCACCAAGAUCAAUCAAAGAAAAUACGCACGUUUGGACGUUGAAAUUCCAUCGAGCAGCAUCGCCAGGAAGAGAGAAAGCGCGAGACCAAAAAGGAAAAAUACGCUAGGACGCCGUUCUCGCAGCGCUUCCACUUUCCGAAGUCACUUCCGAUUCCAGUGAAGUGGCGCCAAGGACCAUGUUCUGUGAUAGACCGUGGUAGGUUAGGCACAAACUGGCUCGAGAUACCUAGUCGAGAUCUUGAACUCUUGCGCCUUCGCAAAUGAAGAUGAGCGGGGAUAUGUUCGAGGGGAAGGAUUAUCCGACUCAGUGGGCGCUCAAUCCUUCCGCUUAUCAAAACAUGAGUAACGAUCAAGUGGAUUGGGCUGCUCUGGCGCAGCAGUGGAUAAAGAUGAAGGAAACUGUCGUGCCACCAGCUCCACCACCACCCAGCAUAAAUCCUAUAUGUUCUGCGAAUGAUGGUAGUGGAGAGGCACCAAUGGACAUGGAUACUAAGGACGAUGACGUGCCUCCAGCACCACCUGCACCGACCAUCAGUGGAUCUGAAGCCUGGACUCAAUGGAACCAAUGGGGUCACUGGAACGCCUCAACAUCUGGAACUGGGAAUUGGGAAUGGAGUGGCGUUCCUCCUCCGGGUGUUACUGUAGAUCCCGAUGGCAAACCAAUUGGACUUCCAGCCGUACCGGUUAUUCCACCUGCACCAACGAUAUCGACCACUACUGAUUUCAACACACCUCCCCCUGCGCCGUCGCUGUACUCGUAUAAUUCGGUGCCACCUGGACAACCAUACAAUCAGGUUUCUAACUAUUGGUCUGGUGAGCCACCUAAUGCAAUAUCACCACAACCGCUUCCUUUUAUGAAGGGCAUGAGGCAUGCAAGUAGAGGACCUCACAUGAGAGCGAUGGAUUCUAUUCGAGUUCGAGAUGACAGAGAAAAGACUCCAGAGGAAGAUACUACUACAACUAUAGAUGCCGCAAAACGAAGACAGUUGCCGGCAUGGAUCCGCGAAGGUCUGGAGAAGAUGGAGAAGGAGAAACAGAAAGCCAUGGAGAAAGAAAGACUAGAGAUACUGAGAAAGCAGGAAUUAGAAGCUCGCAAGCAAGCAGAGGAUGAGGCGCGUGCAGUGCUCAAUCCGAGCAAGAGUAAAUUUGAUUCGGAUUCGGAAAAGGAAACCGAGCAGGAUUUCGAUACGAGUAACGCACGCGGACAACAAUCUGUGGAAAAGAGCUACGAUCGCACCCCGGAUAUCAUUGUUCGGCCGCGAAAAUCACGAUUCAAGGACGCCGAUUCGCCCGAGUCUCAUACGGGACCCGAUGAGAGUCCGACUGCUGCGAUUAGUAUGGUUCCGAUUGUGCAGAAACGGUCUCGAGAGGAAAUUUUACAGGAUGUGAUGUUGAAAGUGAGGAGAUCAUUGACGGAAAUACUUCUGGAAGUGACGAACGAAGAAAUUGGUGCGGUAUGCAGGGAGGUUUGGAGCCGCGCACGUGCCAAAGUCCCUGCAGGAGAGACCCCCGUCGCAUCCCUCAACAUGGCCCCUCUUGCUCAGAUCACUCACGAAUCACUCGGUCUGAGCAUCUAUAACGACAGUAACAGCGAGUCCGAGGAGGAACAGAGUGAACACGCGCAGAUUCAGAAUGAUGAUAGCGAUGAAGAGUUGAAGGAAACACUGAGACGGCGACAGCAGGCAUUUCGCAAGACAGAGGAGGAGAUCGAGGCACGGCUCGCCGAGGAAGAGGAGGAGGAGGAGCAGCGUAGCGAAGAGCAGUACAGUAAUAAGCAACAGGAAAAUCAUACCGGUAAUACUAGCUGCCGAGAGUCAGUUGAUGAAAAAGAAACGGUAGAUAAUCAGAGAGAAGCGUCCGAGACUUUGUCGAGCGGCGGUCAAAGCCCAACAGCGGCGGUGCCGCAGAACGCGCCGGCGGCCGACGGCCAGCAGGUAGCGAAGCCGAGCAGCACCGUAUCGGGAUCCGCCGAUUCUGAGUCAAGCAGCACCGAGUCCACGAGCAGCUUGUCUGAGUCGAGCCGCGAAUCCGCGCCCAAGAAGCAUCACGAGAAAGCGCGCAAACAACAGUCGCAGCAGCAACAGCAUCAACAGCGUUACAAUCGACGGCGGAAGUCUAAGAGCAGGAGCAAGUCACGAAGUGGUAGACGGUCCAUCAGGUCAUCGCGCUCAUCCGAACGCGGCGGCGGUGGCGGCGGCGGCGGCGGCGGCGGUGGUGGCAGCGGCGGCGGCGUCGGCGGCGGGAGCGGUUCUGGCGGUGGUGGUAGUGGUGGUGGUGUUGGUAGUGGUGGUGGUAGCCACAAGCGCCGGUCGCGUUCGAGAUCAGCGAAAUCACGGAAGGACUAUCGCUCACGAUCCUCCAGCAAUCACAGAUCCAGCAGAAAGCGUCGCACGCGGUCGCGCGACAGGAAGCGUGUGAGAUCACGUUCGCGCAGCUACCGUCGCUCUAGAUCCACGUCCAACGACAGAAAGUGGUCUUCGCGGUCGCACUCUCGUAGAUGGAAAUCGCGCUCACAUUCCAGAGAAAGGCGACGAGGUACUCGGUCGCGCAGCAAGUCGCGCGGAACGAAACGCGGAAGAUCGCGCUCGAGAACGCGCAGCCGUUCGCGGGAUCACAGACGGUCAAGGUCCUACGUUUCCGGGAGGAGCCAACGGCGGGGCAGUCGAUCCAGAUCGCGAGACCGAAGUAGAAAGUCACGGUCCAAGUCGAGCUAUCGUGAUGGUAAGAAGUCGUCACAUCGAUACAGGAAUUGAGGUCAGGAUCCGCUCCUAGCCAAGCAUCUUCUACUGGCUUCUACUGGACUUCAACAUUUUACUAUGAUUCAGUUCGUCAACAUACACAGCAUUGUGGUACAGUUGCAAUUUUGAAUACGCGUUCUCAAUCUCUUAUCUCAGAUAGUAAAAAAGUCAAUGCUACGUAAUAAAUAGUAGGUACUGAUAGCUUUAUGUUAUAGACUCGUCUAAUAUUACUUGCUCUAAUGUACAAAAGUAUAUCUUUCUUUUCUAAAAAAAGGCACACGUAAUCAAAAUUUAUACGAUUACGAGAAAGACGAACGUGAAAUAAAAUUAAUGCAAAAUUAGUUGAAGUAGUUUUCGUGUCUUCCCUGAAGCAACUCCUAGUU